AUGUCGCUCAAUUGUUCACUCGAAACCAAUUUAAUCGAUUCGCGGACAGUUUCGAUUAAGUACAUCGUAGGCGGAUGGCUAACAUUGAUCUUUUGUAUGUCUGGUAUUGUUACUAAUAUUUUUACAGUUGUCGUUCUGUUACAUCCACGCAUGAGAAACAGUUCGACACAUGUAUAUUUAUUAGCAUUAUCCAUAUGCAAUAUUUUUCUACUCGUUGGCUUAACAAUAAACUAUUCAGUGAAAUCGAUUGCAUCGUAUCCUGCACUACUGUCAUAUCUGCAUCGACCAGAUGCGAUCAACCGAAAUGCAUUACUAGCUAAUAAUUAUGAACAAUUCUAUGCUCGCGUGGCACCAUAUACGACUCCACUACUUUCCAUGCUAUUACUUUGCAGCACUUACUUAACUGUGCUUGUAAGCGGUGAUCGAUACUUUCUUAUUUGUUGGCCAUUACUUGCUGAAAAGAUUCGUACACGGAAAAUCGCUCUGCUUUUAGUCUUGCUCGUUUUUGUACUCGUCAACAUCUAUAUAAUUCCGCACUGGUUUGAAUAUCGUACCACAAAGCGAACCGAACAACGGUCGGGAAUGGCCGCGAACUCAACGUCGAAUAAAAGCGAAGUGGAUGUGUUAGCCGAAUUGACCUAUACACCUUUAGGUUUGAAUACGAUUUACUUAGCAAUUUAUCGGUUUUAUUUAAACGUUCCAAUAACAUUUGUUAUUCCAUUCACAUUACUAACUCUCUGCAAUGGCAGUAUGAUUCAUCAAUUGCUGUUGAUCAAAAAGAAGAAGAAACGUCUUGGUCAUCGCAUGAAAGCAGAUAUUCGCAUCACCAUUAUGUUAAUUGUGAUCGUCUUGACAUUUAUGCUAUGCCGUUCAAUGAAUUUAUUCGUCAAUUUACUUGUACAAUUAUCACCAUGUUUGAAUACAAAUUCGUUACAUCGCUUUAAUGCAUUUGCUAAUUUGUUAGUUGCCUUCAAUGGUUUUGUUAACUUUUUUCUAUUCGCUGCAUUUGGUCAACGCUUUCGUGAAAUGGUUUUAUACAUAUUCUUCCGUCACGGCCAAUAUCCAUUUCCAGCACAACACGAUGGAAUGAGCACACAUCGAUGUCAUCCUGUCGGUGUGCCGGCAUCCGCCGACAUGUUACGACGACAAUCAAGACGACUUUCAGUCACUGACAACGACGCUUGGGCAGCCAUGGCACGGCGACGUUCGUCCGCAUCGAUGGCUGUUUUGUAUAGUUCAUCUGAGAUGCGAGCGCGAACAUUAUCAAAUUCUUCGUAUUUACAUAGUCCAACAACGGUGCAAGGGAUGAAAACUUCAACUGCCGAUACUAUUCACUCACCUCUCCUCAGUUCCUUCAAUCAUAAAUUAACUGUUUCUCACCCUCACCAUUAUCAGAGCAGUUCCAGUCCAACUUCAACGAAUACAAAAUCAGUUAGCAAUGAAACACCGACACCGCUUCAUGUCACAUUUGUUUAA